AUGAACUUUAAUCGCAGGCCUACCAUUCUUUCCCAUCGCCCAAAGACCUCUUCUGCUGCAGACGAUAGCAGACCUGCCUCUGGCCUCCACGAACCCGCGAUGAAGCGAACCGCUUCUCAGACCUUCACUCCCAUACAUCCCGUGUACGAUACCCCCUUAGGACCAGUAAACGAAGAUCCAAACGCCGCCGACCAUGCGCCUUCCCUUCAUUCACAUACCGGAUCGUUGUCGCGUGCCUCACAGGCCGUGAAGAAACACGUCCGUCGCAGGUUCUCUUCCUCUUCGUCGUCCUCGACACGAAGGCCUUCGCUCUUCGACUGGCAAGACUCGGUUACCAGCAACACGGGAGCUGCGAUGCCGGCCGCCGCGACCUUCCUCAUCGCUCGCAAAUCCUCGACCGCCGAAGCAACCCAACAGAGGAUGCAAGUACAACACCACGACUCGGCCGUCAACUCGUCAUCCCUCGACCUCGCUACACCUGUCGGUGUUCAGUCUAAAUUCUCCUUUCGACGUCUCGGCAGUUUCCGCCAGAGCAGGAGGCCCGCAACCUCAGGCCCUUCAGGGGAAUACCCUCGAUACAAUCCUGCACCGGCUCCCGUACCUGCAAACUACCCCGGCUCCUGCCCGGGCCAGGCGGCGCGCGCUGCAGCCGCCGCGGCCAACAAUGAACGCUUGACCGUGCAGAAGCGCGAGCAAGAACACACACGAGCAUUCCUACAGGGUGCACUCAAGCCCUCGCACCUGUCAGAUGAGGUGAUCAAGGACAGCGAGAGUGGUGUGGGAAUGUCGUGCUCUUGCCCGAUAACGCGCACCGACAGCGUGCAGGAGAAGAAAUUGGGUAGGCAUAAGCAUCCUCUCGCUUUUUGGCGUCGAUCUCUGAUGAAGAAAAUAGAUCCAAUUCAAUUCCUGCCCGCGGAAAUCACAACCAUGAUUUUGGCUAACCUAGACGCUCCCUCACUGGUUGUGGCCGAAGCUGUCUCCCACGCUUGGAGUGAAGCCGCAUCCUCCUCGCAUGUUUGGCGCAGCGUAUUCCUCCGCAAGUUCGAGCCAGAAGUCCACGUCUCGCCGUCACCGAUCAUGAUGGGUGGUGCUGGUGUCGGUCAGUUCAAGGGUGGAAAGCCUGCGCCAGGCCAGGAUUGGAAGAACAUGUACAGGGUUCGAAUGACGAUCAACCGAAGGUGGAAGACUCAGAGCCCGGCUGCCAUCUACCUCAACGGACAUACAGAUUCCGUCUACUGCUGCCAAUUCGAUGAGGAUAAGAUCAUCACUGGCUCGCGCGACCGAACCAUCCGUGUAUGGGACAUGAAAUCGUACACUUGCAGGAAGGUCAUUGGUGGCCCCUCGAAUAGACCCGUUGCGAAUACUCCCCAGAAGCUUGAACCUCACAGUCAUUGGGUUGUUGACAACCCCUCCAUGAACGGUACCCCCGCGGGAGACGACAUCUACCAUGUCCCCGAGGACUACCACGAAGCUUCAAUCCUCUGCCUCCAGUACGACGAUAGAAUCAUGGUCACCGGAUCUUCAGACCACACCUGCAUCGUUUGGGACAUUACUGGGGACGAAUACAUCCCCAUCACCCGGCUUCGAGGACAUUCUGCUGGCGUUCUGGAUGUCUGCCUCGACGACAAGCACAUCAUCUCCUGCUCGAAGGAUGCCACCAUCAACGUCUGGGAUCGCCACACGCACAAGCGCCUCCGCACCUUGACCGGCCAUCGUGGACCCGUCAACGCCGUCCAGCUCCGGGGUAACAUGCUCGUUUCCGCGUCGGGCGAUGGUGUUGCCAAGCUCUGGAAUCUGGAGAACGGCACGGCUGUCAUGGAAUUCCCAUCUCAGGAUCGCGGCCUCGCUGCGGUCGAGUUCUCGGACGAUGCCAAGCAUAUUCUCGCCGGUGGAAACGACCAUGUCGUUUACAAGUUCAAUGCUCAGACCGGCGCUCUGCAAUAUACGUCCCAAAAGCACGGCGGGCUCGUACGCUCGCUUUUCCUGGACGCACACAACAACCGCACCAUCUCUGGCUCGUACGACCAAAGCAUCCGCGUCGCUGACUAUGCCACGGGAGAGACUUAUGGCUACUACGAGAACUGGACCACCAGCUGGAUACUCAGCGCUAAGAGCGACUAUCGUCGCGUGGUGGCAACUAGCCAGGACGGGAGGGCUAUCAUUUUGGAUUUCGGUUGGAGGGUUGAGGGCGCAGAACUGCUCGUGAACAAUAAGUGA